UUUUUGUCGCCAAAAUCGAUAACCACUCUUCCGUUUAGCUGCGAUUUUUUCAUUUCCUGAAUCUCUUCUGAUUCGGGUUGCCCGAUUGUAGGAAACCCCAUUUCAGAGAUACACUAUAAGAAAUUUUAAUCACUGUGUGUUGUUGAACAUCGAGAUACGGAAAUGUCUGUUUUCUGCAUAAUUUGUCUUGUAUCUUUGUUUAGCUGCAUCAAAUUUUUCAGUGGAAUUUCGUUUAGGGUAUGCUUUUACGAUGAGCGUUUGUGUGUUGGGGAUACAGUUAUUGCCAAUUACCGUUGUAUUUUAGAGGAUUUGGUGAACCUUAGCGAAAAAGUCUCAUUUAUCUCCGAGCAAUCCUUUUCCAAUUUUAGAUGGAUUGGCUAGGGCAAAAGAUUGCAGAGCAGCUAAUGCAGAUAAUGCUGCUUGCAUUUACUGUGAUUGCAUUCGCAACAGGAUACCUUAUGGCUUCUUUCCAAAUGAUGAUCCUCAUAUAUGCUGGUGGUGUGGUUCUCACCACAUUGGUGACUGUCCCUAAUUGGCCCUUCUUCAACCACCAUCCUCUCAAGUGGUUGGAUCCAAGUGAGUUAGAAAAGCAUCCAAAGCCUCAAUCAUCUCUGAAUGUAAAUUCAAAGAACAAGUCCGUUAAGAAGUAGGCUUCUUUGACAUAUCUUAGUGCUAGUAUUUUCUUGAGUUAAAAAAUUCUUGCUUUGGCAGAAUUUUGUAUUUCUUACUCUUCUUCCCUCCCUUUCCCCUUCAUUGGAUAUUACGAUGUACUUUACUUCUUUGUACUGCAAAGGUUAUAUCUGUUUGCUUGAGUUUUGAUUUUUUUUAUAUAUAUCUCACUUCCUUCCA